GUCAAUUGUCAUAUUAUUGUGUCAAAAUUCAGAUGAUUAAUCUGUCGAAAAACAAAAAGAAUGUAAAUUUAUUUGUCUCUUAGAAAAGUUUUUAUAAUAUGGGAAAGCUUAAUGUAAUCGAAAUAACAAUAUUGGCAAUAUUAUCUAGCGCAAAAUGUAGUGAUAUUACAAGAUUGGUAUUUGGAGACUUCACAAAUGGUUUACCAGCAGCAUUUGGAGAUUUCAAUUCAGAUGAGCUUACAGACGUGUUUGUUUUAAGCGACAAUGAUCGUACAGUUGAUAUUCUUCUUGCCAACGAAGAAGAACCUCUACUACGUUCGGGGAGAAAUUUGAAUUGUACUUUUCAUAAACACAAAAUUACGAGUGUUGUACCAGGUGAUUUUGAUGGUGAUGCGUUAAUGGAUGUCUUACUUACAACUAUAAAAACAGAAGUACCAAUAAACAACGCAAAAACAAACAUUUUUAUAUGCUGGGGAGGAGCUAUAUUAAAUUGUUCAGAUGUUGAUGAAAAACGCCCUCUAAUAACUAUGAUGGGUCAACCACUGGCUAUUGACUAUAACCAAGAUAUGAUAAUUGAUUUGUUUGGAGAGGAUACUGAUGGAAGGAGAGCAUUUUGGAUAUUUAAUAAAAGUAGAAAUGAACCAACCAAGAUUCUAAUGGAUAGAAAUAAUAAAAGUCCAACUGUGGAACUGAGAAGACCACAUGCCCAUGCAUUUUUAGAUUUGAAUGAUGAUUAUAUGGCAGAUUUGUUUAUAACGACAAAACAACAUUUUGAGAUUUGGUAUGGUAGAGAAGAAGCAGAACCAAAAUUUGUAUUCAGCUCUUAUAUUCAACUGCCAACAACUAGUAAAAAUGAAGCACAAGUUAUAGGUCAAUCAAUCUUCAUUGAUGUAGAAUUGAAAGGCAAAGUUGAUUUAGUAACUCCAGUUUGUUAUGAUUGGGACUGUAAAAAUAGUGCUUUACUUUUAUAUUCUAAGGAGAAACAAGAUUGGAUCAGUAUGCAGGUAAAUUUUAAAGAUGAUAACACAAAUUUGUGGAAGUUUUAUCACCACGAGGAUACCACAUAUACUAAUGUUAUAACAUUAAGAAGCGGCGAUUUUAACAUGGACGGUUAUCCCGAUAUAUUAGCUACGUUAUGUCCAGUACAAGGUGGUAAUCCUCAAGCAUUUCUUCUAGAAAAUGUUCCAUGUCAAACUUGCGGUAUCCUCAAUCGGACUUAUGCUAUCAAAUGGAAUUCCCUAAAUCCUUUUAAAAACGGAACGGUUAUGGCAGCUUUCUUUGAUUUUUACCAAGAUGGUAUUUUAGAUUGUGUUAUGGUUACCUUUGAUGGUAAACAAUAUAAAUCUGCCGCUUUCAAGAAUAGUUUGGAUUAUGAUGCCAAUUUUAUUAAAGUAAUGGUUCUUACUGGACUAACAAAUAAGAAUAAUCCUAUGAUAAUGGGGCGAGUUGGUAAAAAACGUAGAACUUACGGAACAAAUUUACCAGGUCCGUCGAUAUCCUACAAAACAACGACCCAAGAAGGCAAAACUAGACAUGGUAUUUCCAGUCAAUUGCCUCAAUCAGCACACUUCAGUUUAAAUUUACCUUAUUCUAUAUUUGGUCUUGGCCGAACUCCAAAUUUCGUAGAUAAAGUAACAGUUGGUCUUUCAAAUUACUCGAAACACUGGACUCAAAUUAUUCCUAAUUCUCAGAUGUUAGUAAUACCUUGGCCAACAAAUGAACCAUCUAAAUGGAAGGCGCAAUUAUUUGUAACACCAAGUAAAUUGAUUCUGAUGUCUGUUGCUGCUUUGACUACAGUUUGUGGUUUGAUUACUGUGAUAAUAGGUAUUUUGCACUGGAAGGAAAGACAAGAAGAUAAAAAAGAAAGACUAUCUGAAUCACAUAGAUUCCAUUUUGAUGCAAUGUGAUUUUUAGCAGCACGACUCUGUUGACUGAGAAAAAAUAAUAUUUAAAUUAGAAUCUGUACCAUGUCAUACAGUACAUAUACCCCAAAAAACAAUUUUGCCUGUCAGAAAGGAGAUAAAAAGAUUAUUUUAUAAACGUUACAAUUUUAUAGAUAAAAAACUAUGUUAAUAACGUUCUGCUGGUAAAUUGAAAGAAAUUUGCUAACAGCAUAAUUUUGUCACAAUUUUAGGUGUAGAACUAACUGUGUAGCAAAGUUAUUGAUGUAUUUAGUAAACCUAUAAAGAAUACCGAAUAAAACA